AGUCCUUGGCCGAGAUAUGGGGAGACACCGGAUACGGAUACACCGGAGGUGAAGGCUUGGGUCCAGGCUGUGGAUUGGUCCAAGGUUCCGAAAUUACCAAUCAGGAAGACCAAAUCCCGUGGAGAUCCACCCGACUGCCCAGAACACGAGGUUCCAGAGGAUGAAUGUUGGUGGACCUGUUCAGGUUGUUUCGCACACGAUGACGUGAUGGAUUGUCCUGCAAAGGAUGCUUGGGGUCUUACCUUUGAUGAUGGACCUCAACCUGGGACUACAGAGGAUUUGUUGGAGCUGUUAAAACACAAGAAUGUGACGGCUACGUUUUUUGUCACGGGCAUGAAAUCAUCUAGGGCCCCAUGGCUCCUACAAGAGACCAUUGAUCAAGGCCAUCACCUCGCUAGUCAUACUUGGUCUCACUCUGGGAUGACAACGUUGACGAACGAACAGGUUGUUGCAGAGCUCAAGUGGACAGAGAAGUAUAUUUAUGAUCAUACAGGAUACAAGAUCAAGUACUUCCGUCCUCCUUACGGCGACGUUGAUAAUCGUGUCCGUGCAAUUGCACGUCAACUCGGUUUUAAGACCGUGAUCUGGUCACACGAAUGGGAUACACAAGACUGGCAACUUGAAGAGAACACAAUCACCCCAACGCAGAUUGAGAGUAUUUUCAAAAAUGGCUUAAAGAGUCUUUCUAAACGCGAAACAGGUCCCAUCUCACUCGAACAUGAUGGUGAUCCAAAAAUGGUCACCGUGGCC